GGAUCGAAAUGCAUUUGAAUUAAUUACUCACCAGUUAAUUAACUCGAUAAUCGAAUAAUCUACAUAUUUGCAUUUAACCAAAUUGUUGGCCUUUGUUUAAAUUCAAACUUAUCACCAGGCGCAGAAUUGCGCAACUUCACUCGUUUGAAUAUUGCUUCAGUGUAAUUGGUGCGUACGGUGCGUAACACACGUGUAUGUAUGGGUGACGGAAUGUAAAACCGCGCGCAUUUUAGCAAUCAAAGGAGACGCUUCGCCAUCGUAGUCAGAACGCUCCGUGGAUCCAGUAGGCUGCAUAUUAACAUCGUCUGUGCCAUUCUUAAUCAGUUACAGCUAAUAUUUACCCAGUAUGAAGCAGUCCAAAUCUUCCCGUGCUGGACUCACAUUCAGCGUCGGGCGCGCAGCGUCAUCAUUGCGAAAGGGAAGGUACGCGGCACGCAUUGGUGUCGGAUCCUCCGUCUAUAUGGCGGCUGUGCUAGAGUACUUGGCGGCGGAGGUACUGGAACUGGCUGGAAACGCAGCUCGGGACAACAAAAAAUCUCGGCUCACACCGCGCCACAUUCAGCUGGCCGUCCGCAACGAUGAGGAGCUGAGCAAACUGUUGCAGGGAACCACCAUUUCGCAGGGUGGCGUCAUGCCGAACAUCAAUUCGGUGCUGUUGCCACGCAAAACCGGCACGAAAUCGUCUGAAGUCGCUGGAAACGGAAACAGCCAGGAGUAUUAAGGUGCAUUUCAAUCAAUUCUUACGAACGUCUAUGUUAAUUUAGUGAUAAGCGUUUUUUAAUGAUACUCAGGUGUACUUUAAUGCUGUUUGAGACAGAUCGGGAGAAAAGAACGAUAUGAUAGCAUUAUUUUUGUUUAAAGUUUUUAUAACACAUUCCUGUUCCGCCUGAUUUAUAAAUAGUCCAGAUUUUAUUCGAUCCAUGUUUCAAUAAUCUAUUUUCCGGAUAUGUAAGACCGAUCAGUAAAUUUUAUCACCUCUGAAUCAAUUGCUUGAG